GGGAAUAUAGCCACCUCGCCAAAGUCGCGUAGACCAACUUGUGCAUUAGCACACAUCUUUUUCGAAUUUCAUGAGCCUUACGACUGCGACGUGACCUCACUCAUUCCGGACCAUUCACUAUGGGGAAUGCACACUCGGGAUCUACGCUUACGCGUACCACCGCUGCAUUGGACUCGUUCGUGGCGGAGCUGGGCUCAGACGUCGUCUAUGAGAGAAGCCUAGGCUCCGCUCGUUUCUUGAAGACCGUCAAGUCCCGGCACCACAAUGGCUACCUCGUUAUGAAAAUAUUCAUCAAACCCGACCCCGGUCUAUCAUUAAGAAGCUACCAGCGGCGCCUCAAAUCGGACAGGGAGGCUUUGGCCGACAUCUCCAAUGUGUACAGCUAUCAGUCGUUUGUGGAGACGGACAAAGCGGGAUACAUGAUUCGGCAAUGGGUCGCAAGCAGCUUAUACGAUCGUAUCAGCACGCGUCCCUUCCUGAGCAUGAUCGAGAAACAGUGGAUAGCCUUCCAGAUCCUCCAAGGCUUGCGCGACGCUCGCAACCGCAAGGUCUCCCACGGAGACAUAAAGACCGAGAACGUGCUGGUCACAUCGUGGAACUGGGUGUACGUGUCGGACUUCGCGUCGUACAAACCGACCUACCUCCCCCUCGACGACCCGGCCGACUUCUCGUUCUUCUUCGACACUUCGGGCAGACGGAUAUGCUAUAUUGCCCCGGAACGGUUCUACACAGCAGCCACGAAUCCGGAAAUCAGCGCGAAGAAGUCGAAGAUCGCUGCGGACGAGCUGAGUGAGGGACGACGCGACGGAAAGGUGACGGAGGCGAUGGACUGCUUCAGUGCUGGCUGUGUCAUCGCCGAGUUGUUUCUAGAAGGCACGCCGCUGUUCACCCUCAGUCAGCUGUUCAAGUACAGAGAAGGCGAGUACAAUGUGGAUGGUCCGCUAAGUGCGAUCGAGGAUGAAGGCGUUCGAAACAUCAUCAAACAGAUGAUCCACCUUGAGCCAACUGCUCGGCCCACCUUCGACACCCUGCUGCACACUUCUCGCGGCACGGUGUUUCCAGAAUGUUUCUAUUCCUUCCUGCACAACUACGUUUCGACGAUCAACGAGAUCCCUGCGGAUCCACCGUUCGCUCCGACGCCUGUUGCUGCUCUGCCUGCCACCCCGACGACAAUCACGCCGUCGGUGUCGGGCUCGUCGAUGAGACCUGUUCCGAACCCGGAAGCCCUGGAGACUGGCCUGCUGCCAAAUGACUCGGACCACCGGAUGGACCGCAUCUGGGGUGACUAUGAGAGCGUCGAACCCUAUCUUGUCCCUGAGACAGUGAUGGACGUGAAGGUCGAAUACGCAACGACUGCCAGCCUCUCGCGUCCGUUCCAGGACAUCUUGCCUGUCGAGCUGAGCAUUCCUAAUCGCGAGUCCAAGCUGCAGGGCGCUUUCCACACUGGUUUGAGAGCGACUGAAGAUGGACCGGCUCUCAUCAUCCUGGCGCUUGUGACUGCCAAUAUCCGAGACUGCACACUUCCGAGCUCCAAAGUCAAAGCAUUGGAUGUGUUUCUCGCCCUGGCUCCCCAUCUGACGGACGAAGCCAAGCUGGAUCGGAUGCUGCCGUACAUCGUCGAGCUAUUGCAUGAUGAAUCUGCCCUUGUUCGUUCAGCCUCGGUGAGGACCAUGAUUCAGGUGCUGAUGAUGGUGACAGUCAUCACACCAUCCAAUGCAGCUAUCUUUCCCGAAUACAUCAUCCCCAAUAUUAGGCCAGCGAUUCAGGACACGGAGGUGUCUGUGCGGUGCACCUACGCCCAGUGCAUUGCACAAAUGGCCGAUACCGCCGUGCGAUAUCUCGAGAUGGGCCAAGCACUGAAAGCCCAUGGGACAUUCAAUCUGUCUCCCGAGGGGCAGGAGUACGAUCAGGGACGAUAUGAGUUAUCGUAUGACGCAACAUUACUGGACCUUCAGAGCAGUAUCCAGGAGCACCUGUCUGCUCUGUUGAUGGAUCCUUCCAGUGUGGUCAAACGCGCCGUGCUGCACGACAUCUCGUCCCUGUGCAUCUUCCUGGGCAGACAGAAGACGAACGACGUGCUCCUGAGCCACAUGAUCACCUACCUGAACGACCGUGACUGGCUUCUGCGUCACGCUUUCUUCGAGAGCAUCGUAGAUGUGGCUGCCUGCGCCGGAGGAAGGAGUCUGGAGGAAUACAUCCUGCCGUUGAUGGUGCAGGCGUUGUCAGAUGUCGAGGAAUCCGUCGUCGCCAAAGUACUGGCUUCUUUGACCAGUCUCUGUGAACUGGGUCUUUUCCAGAAGAUGAGGAUAUGGGAGCUGAUGAGCUCGACGCUCGGGUUCCUGUGUCAUCCCAAUUGCUGGAUCAGACAAGGCGCUGCUGCGUUCAUCGUCUCGGCAGCGGCCCAUCUCCCGCCGAGCGACGUCUGGUGCAUCCUCUACCCUUCUCUCCGCCAUUUCCUCAAGUCGGAUCUCGUCACUAUCGACGAACAGAGCCUGUUGAUUGCUAUGAAACCUGCCCUCUCCAGACAAAUCUUUGAUGCGGCUGUGCAGUGGGCGAUGAAGGCAGACAAGAGCACGUUCUGGAGAGGCCAGCGCCGCGUUGCGGCCAAGACAGAGUCUCCGAGAGAAAGUGUCAUGGCUCUGCGGAAAGGCGUGAUUGGCAGGAAUCCCAAAGACGAAGUGCAUUUCGCGAAGCUCCAAGCGCUGGGGCUGUCUUCGACGGAGGAGACGAAGCUGGUCGCUAUGCGGGAUUACAUCCUCAAGCUGGCCAACGCUAUCUCGAGCUUUGCCUCUCGAAUCAGCUUUGAACAAGAGGCCGAAAAGACCCUCAAGACUAUCGGCGACAUCGAACUACCCAAACUCGGUGUAGUCCCCCAGACUGUGUUCUUGAAGACCAAAACUGCCGACCCGGGCCCGCUGAGAAGCAUUCGGCAGGUACAGUCGCGACGGACUUCGGUUAUGGGCACUCCGACGAGUCCCGGGUCUGGCGCUCCCUUCGAGGAUCUACGACGGAGGCUGGCCACUAUCAACGGAUCCGCGACGUCGCUGCAGACACACAACACUGUGCUGUCGCCGCUACUCACGCCGUUGACGCUGCCCCCGGAGAUGACAGCACUGUCGCCGAUCGAUCGGCCUGCGAGUCCCUCUGAAUCAGUGGUGUCUGCGUCGAACUCGGCUACUUUCCGCCCGCUGAGCCGGAUGCAGCACAGCACGGCGGACAGCCAGAAGGCUGCGCCGGCCAUCGGCUCCUCCAAGACGAAUGCGUUGGGUGUGCUGGAUGCCCGGCCAGGGAGGAUGUUGUUCGACGGCGAGAUCUCAGGACGGUCGUCGCCGCUGCCUCGUGCUGCGUCGAUUUCCACAUACGAUGGACAGGAAGCUGGGAUCAACCACCUGCUGGAAAAUUUGUACCUGGACAACAACCGAGAGAUGCAGCAAGAUUUCGGUCCUAGGGUCCAUGAUGGACCGGUUCGUCGCAGGAAUGCUGUGCGGCACAACACAUUCGCAUCAGCUCGCCAGCCGACGGAAGCCACGCUGGUGGCGCAUCUGAGCUCUCAUUCCGAUGCCAUCACGGCGAUCGCAGUGUCGGCGGACCACAUGUUCUUCGUGACGGCGUCGGACGACAGGACGGUGAAAGUCUGGGAUACGGCUCGGCUGGAGCGCAACGUGACCAGCAAGCCGCGACAUACGUACGGCCAGCACCACGCGAAGGUGAAAUGCGUGUGUAUGCUGGAGGGCGUGCACUGCUUCGCGAGUGCCGCGGAUGAUGGGAGCGUGCAUGUCGUGCGGGUCCAUACCUCCCAGAGCGGUGCACUGCCGAAAUACAGCAAGCUGCAGGUCAUUCGGGGCCAUCAACUCUCGAGAGGGGAAUAUGCCACCUGCAUGGUCCACUUCAACAGCGAUUCGGCGUCCAAUCUGGUUUACGCGACCAACCACUCGGUCAUCACCGUCCUCGAUCUGCGCACGAUGCGCGUCCUUCAGACGAUGGAGAACCCGCGGCCGUACGGCCCGAUCACGUGUAUCUGUAUGGACCGCAAGCGGUGCUGGAUCGUCGUCGGGACAUCGACGGGCGUGCUCACGCUCUGGGACCGGCGAUUCGGCCUGCUGAUGAAGAGCUGGCACGUCGGCGUCGCCUCGACGGGGAGGUUCGUGCGCAUCCACCAGUGUGUCGUCCACCCGUCGAAAGGCAGGGGGAAAUGGGUCAUGGUCGCCGUCGAAGCGUCCAGGCGCGGCAAGUCGACGAACCUGGUGGAGGUGUGGGACGUCGAGAAGGCCGCCCUGGUUGAGACAUUUGUGUGCCGCAGUCCAGGCGAGACGGAGCCGCUGCACGAGCCGCACGAGCUGACCGGGGUCGACGCCGACAGCAAUGCCGCGUCGGCCAUCGCGGCUCUCGUUCACUCGCGACAGGACCGGCCAGUCUCGGCCGAUGCCGAGCUGCCGCUGCCUCCGUCGCCGGACGUCCGGGCGCUCAUCGCCGGGCUCGAUUUCGGCGGGCCGACCGGCGUGCAUCGGAUGGCAGAGGAAGGCAGACGGGGUUUCAUGGUCACCGGAUCCGAAGACCGCAAACUCCGGCUGUGGGAUCUGCAGAAGCUGGAACGAACGGCGGUGCUGAGCGGAUUGGAGUCCGAGCAGGAGAAGCCUUCUUACAGGCGAGUCCUCACCGCAUCGUCGAAUACGGCCUCCACCUUCGUGGAAACGUGGCCUGCGCUUCCGUCUGCGAGCCAGAGCAAUAGACCGGCGCAGCGCAUGUCGCUUAUCACGAACCACCAGCAGAAUUUGCUCAAGGCCCAUCAGGACGUGAUCACGGCCCUCGCCUGCAUCGACUCGCCGUUCCGGGCCGGCAUCGUCAGCGGCGACAGAGCGGGUGUGGUCAAGGUGUGGCGAGUGGAUGGGUAGGACGGGUAUACGUGAGAUCCGGGUGUUUCGUUUCGUUGGCCUUACAGAAUGUUACAAGAGAUAAUCGAUAAACUACUACAAAGGGUCGUCGUCUUGGUCGUGAUUAGCUAACAAGGGUGUACGCUCGGUGACUGCAGGUGACCCGGCACGUGAAGGCCCAGCAACGGCCCCGUCAACAGCUGGCCUGGAAGCUUGGCCUCUGGAGGAGGCUGCGUCACAUCGGCCUUGCAGACAGGGCACAGCUUCUUCCGUUGGAUGAGCCAUUCGUCGACUUCCGCCAGGUGGAACAUGUGAUGACAGGGCAGCACGCGCACUUUGUCGCCCUUCUCGAACUCGCUCAGACAGAUCGCGCACUCGACUUGGGUGUCGAACCAUGGAAGCGGUGAUUCAGAAGCGGUUUGCUCCGAAGGCGCCAAGGGCUUGGGAUCAGCUGGGGUGGAAGACGACCCUUCCGACGACUCGGAAUUGUCGCUUACCGGAGCAGCCGCAGCCGCAGCAGCCCCUACAGCAGCAGCGUCAGAGCGUUCCUCGGCUACAUACGGAUCCUCCCCGCUGCCGUGUUUCUCCCAUCCACUGCCGGUCCAGACCCGCCAUGGCAGAUUCCGGACCACGUCCUGCGGUGCCCGGUCCCGUUGCGCCGCACGUGCUGCCCGUAUCCGGUGGAUGAGUAGCGUGAUGAACGUCAAUACAGACGGAAGGAGGAGGAUGACGAUGAAGGUGAUGAUGGGCGAGUACCAUUCCCACGCGCUGUACUCGGCGGUGAUCAGCAGGGACAGCGUGCGCAGACCCGAGUGGGAGGUAUUCGACGCGGCGAUGAGCGAGGAGAGCUGCUCGUAGUCCGAGUACUUGAUGUAGGUCGAGGCGAUCUUGAUGUCAGAGGCGUCUUCGGGACUGUACAUGUUCACUAGAGUGUCGGGGUAUCCUGUGAGCUCCGGGUCUUCGCCGCCGACAACGACAGCAUGGGCGCCGAGACGCUGGGCCUCUCGGACCUUCUUGACGAAUUCACAACCACCGCGCUGGACUAGAGCGAUCCAGGUCUCAGAAGGGUCGGGUCGAUAUGGACCGUCG